AUGCACAAUGAAUGUAUACCAACACCAAAUGAAGAAAAAUUGUUAGAAAUCGCGGAAGGUUAUCAACAACGUGCACAAUUUCCUAAUUGUAUAGGUGCUAUUGGUGGAAAGCACAUCAGGGUUAUCAAACCACAUGGAAAAACUACAAAUGAUUCACUAAACAUUCCAAAACCUAAUCUAAUACGUGGUAUUCAGAUACCUAUGCCAUAUGUAUUUGUGGGCGAUGAAGCGUUUGGGUUAUCUACAAAUAUGUUAAGACCAUAUGCAGGAAAAUGUUUACUAAUCAAUAAAAGGAUUUUCAACUAUCGACUUUCACGUGCUCGACGCUAUGUUGAGUGUGCGUUUGGAAUUUUAUCCAAUAAAUGGAGAAUAUUUCACUGCGCAAUAGAUGUUGAUAUAGAAUUAACAAUUGAUAUUGUGAAAUGUUGUUGUGUUUUGCAUAAUUUUGUUCGCGCACGUGAUGGAUAUGAAUUUGAAGAUUCUCUUAUGGUAACUGGUAUGGACGAUAUUGAACUAGAUAAUAAUUUAAAUGUAAACAGAUCUAUUAACAGAUAUCGGGAUGCACUGACAAAUUAUUUCAAUAGUGAAUUAGGACAAGUGGCAUGGCAGAAUGAAAAAAUUUAA